GAUGCGCUGGCCUUACUACGACAAGGAAUCGCGAACAACUCUCUGCCCAUACCCACGACCGACACAGACCCAUCAUCACAGGCCGACUCGAAUGUCUCGCUCGCAAAAGCUUCAUACCUUCUAUUCAACUACAGCUCCCAAGAAGAUGGCCCGCAACACACCGCAAUCCCUCUCAACCAACAAACGCGAUUCGUCUCCGAAAGCUCCGGCAAGCGCGCGCUCGACCUCCGAUCCGUCUACUUCUGCUGGCUCAACAAAGAUGCCAGCGUGCCCGACUACGUCAAUGCCACCGCGCAGCUCAACACCGAGCUACAGCAGACCGGGAACAACGAGUCAAUAACCAGCUUACCCUUCCUCGAGCGUAUCGACCUCAACAAUUGGCUAUCAGGCGAAGUCGCAGAGCACGAGAGCGAAUUUAUCAAGAGCCUGGACGCGAAGGAAGCGAGUAGAGAUGCGGCUCUUGCAGCCAAGGUAGCGCAAGGUGGUGAGGACGUGGAGAUGCGCGAUGCAGGACUCGCGGACGACGUCAAGCGAAGAGAAGAAGAGGACCGACUACGAGAGAUCUACGCGGCGGAGCGCAAGAUGGGCGACCACAACACCGUCCUUCGAGGCGUCAAGAUCCAAGACUUCAGCGGCAUGCGAAAGUACAGCGCUCUCUUCCUAGGCAAGAGCAAACCCGGCGCGCCAGCCCCCGGUUCGGCUCCAGCACUCAACAAUAAUCCCGCCCUCCGACCUCCGAUCAAGCCAUCUAAUCCGAACCGCCGUCUCGAACCGAUCAUCCUGCUAUCAUCCUCCUUCUCUUCCCUCCUCCGCAUGCCGAACAUCAAAUCCUUCCUCAACGACGGCGUCUACGCUCCCCUCGAACAAUCUACCGAAUCGCCCUCUAUCCUGCACAUCACUCGCAACCUCCGCACAAUUCACCCCGGCCAUGCAACGCGUUUCAUCCUCGUGGACGAUCCGUCAAAUUUCCGACCAGACUACUGGUCUCGUGUGGUAGCAGUCUUCACAACGGGUCAGACAUGGCAGUUCAAGGGUUACAAGUGGACGAAUCCCGCGGAACUGUUCUCGCAUGCGCUGGGUGUAUAUGUGGGAUGGAAGGGCGAGGUGGUUCCGGACACGGUCAAGGGAUGGGGCAGGCAGGUGUUGAGUGUGCAGAUUGACAAGGGACAGAAUAGAUGGAGAGAUCGCGAGGUGGUGGAGGAUAUUUGGAGUCAGAUUGAAGGCAGGAUGAGAGCGAUGGGCUGGGGAAAGGAU